UAUUUCUUCUUUCUUCUUCGGGUUUUGAAUCUCUCCCUCUCUCGCAGUCUCUCCCACACUCCCAAAAAAGCUCCCUAGAUCAAAAUCUCCAGACGCCGGAGAUCUCCCCGGAGCUAUCAGAAUGGUGACGUCGGCGGUGGUCAACACCUAUCCACUGUCGAGCUACACUUUCGGGACCAAAGAGCCCAAGAUGGAGAAGGACACCUCCGUCGCCGAUCGCCUCGCCCGCAUGAAAGUCAACUAUAUGAAGGAGGGGAUGAGGACUAGCGUCGAAGCAAUUUUACUGGUGCAGGAGCAUAAUCACCCCCACAUACUGCUUCUGCAGAUUGGAAACACUUUCUGCAAACUUCCUGGUGGACGGUUGAAGCCUGGAGAGAAUGAGAUUGAGGGGCUGAAAAGAAAGCUCACCAGCAAACUUGGUGCUAAUUCAGCAAACCUUGUCCCUGAUUGGCAGAUAGGGGAAUGUGUCGCUAUCUGGUGGAGGCCAAACUUUGAAACUAUAAUGUACCCAUAUUGCCCUCCUCACAUAACAAAACCUAAGGAGUGUAAGAAGCUUUUCCUUGUACACUUAUCUGAGAGGGAGUAUUUUGCUGUGCCAAAGAACCUAAAACUCCUUGCUGUUCCAUUGUUUGAACUCUAUGACAAUGUCCAGAGAUAUGGACCUGUCAUAUCUACAAUCCCACAGCAGCUUUCCAGAUUCCAAUUCAACAUGAUUAGUUCAUGAGUGGAGCAUGGAACUUUGAAAAUUACCCGGGUAGAACUUCCAAUAUAAUGACGAACUUAUCUUAAUUAGCAGUGCAUGAAGAGCUGAAGAUCUGGACAUUUUUUUGUUGCUUAACUUGAGUUGAUUAGUUUUGAAUUCAGCUAUCCAGAUGGCUGGUGCAUAACAUCCAUAUUGGUUUAUCUAUAUUGGUCAUUACUCUUAAUUUGCUUAUGGGUUUGCAUUACUCUUGAAUUUUUAUUAAACUAUGUUUGUAUUGUGUGAUGUGCAAGUUGUAGUUUUAGUUUUAACUGUAAGGAAGUGUUGCUUCUUCCGGCAAGGAAUGAUGCUAAAGUUUCUGAUGGAAAUUGGGAGUGAUACAAUUAGUUGUAA